CUGAAUCUCGCGAUGGAGUCGGUUGAUGUGAUUAUUGUCGGAGCAGGCUGGCACGGCCUCGCCGCCCUCAAAACCUACCACCAAGUCCACCCCAAUGCCCGCAUCCUGUGCCUCGACAACAGCGCCUCCAUCGGGGGCGUCUGGGCCACGCAUCGUCUCUACGAGGGCCUCAAAUCCAACAAUCUGCUGGGCACCUAUGAAUUCUCCGAUUUCCCAAUGGACCCCGCCACCUACGGGGUCCAACCGGGGGAGCACAUCCCGGGCGGAGUCAUCCACACCUACUUCCAACGCUUCGUGGAACACUUUCACCUCGCCGAGUUCAUUCGCUUGAAUACCACGGUGGAAGUCGCGGAUCAUCAAGCCGAUGGGA